AUGGCUGCUCCGCGCGCCGCGCCCCCGCGCCGCCCGCCCGCGCCGCGCCGGCCCCGGCUCCUGCCGCUGCUGCCGCUGCUGCUGCUGCUGCUGCCCGCGCCGAGCGGGGGUCUUGACCACUCUGCCGAACUGGCAUUUGCUGUGGAGCCAAGCGAUGAUGUUGCCGUCCCUGGGCAGCCUGUAGUGCUGGGCUGCAGGGUCGAAGGGACCCCUCCAGUGCGAAUCACCUGGAGGAAGAAUGGGGUGGAGCUGUCGGAGAGCCCUCACUCCACCAUGCUGGCCAAUGGGUCCUUGAUGAUCCGUCACUUCCGGCUGGAUGAAGGAGACAGCCCUUCAGAUGAGGGCGACUAUGAGUGUGUGGCUCAGAACCGCUUUGGGCUGGUGGUUAGCCGGAAGGCUCGCAUCCAGGCAGCAACCAUGUCGGACUUCCACGUGCACCCCCAGGCCGUCGCAGGCGAGGAGGGCGGCGUGGCCCGCUUCCAGUGCCAAAUCCACGGGCUUCCCAAACCCCUGAUCACGUGGGAGAAGAACAGAGUCCCCAUUGAUACGGACAACGAGAGGUACACAUUGCUGCCCAAGGGCGUCCUGCAGAUUACGGGACUCCGGGCUGAGGACAGUGGUGUCUUCCAUUGCGUGGCCUCGAACAUUGCCAGUGUCCGUGUCAGCCACGGGGCCAGGCUCACUGUGUCGGGCUCGGGCUCCGGGGUCUACAAGGAGCCUGCGAUCCUCGUGGGGCCUGAGAACCUCACCCUGACCGUGCACCAGACGGCGGUGCUGGAGUGUGUCGCCACGGGCAACCCGCGCCCCAUUGUGUCCUGGAGCCGCCUGGAUGGCCGGCCCAUCGGGGUGGAGGGCAUCCAGGUUCUGGGCACGGGGAACCUCAUCAUCUCAGAUGUGACCGUGCAGCACUCAGGCGUCUACGUCUGUGCGGCCAACAGGCCUGGCACCCGGGUGAGAAGAACAGCACAGGGCCGGCUGGUGGUGCAAGCCCCAGCAGAGUUUGUCCAGCACCCCCAGUCCAUUUCCAGACCAGCCGGGACCACAGCCAUGUUCACCUGCCAAGCCCAGGGGGAGCCGCCCCCUCACGUCACGUGGUUGAAGAAUGGACAGGUGCUGGGGCCCGGAGGCCACGUCAGGCUCAAGAAUAACAACAGCACCCUGACCAUUUCUGGAAUCGGCCCUGAAGACGAGGCCAUCUACCAGUGCGUGGCCGAGAACAGCGCCGGCUCCUCACAGGCCAGCGCCAGGCUGACCGUGCUGUGGGCGGAGGGGCUCCCCGGGCCCCCCAUCAACGUGCGAGCGGUCUCCAUAUCCUCCACUGAGGUCCGAGUGUCCUGGAAUGAGCCCCUGGUCAACACCAAGGAGAUCAUCGGCUACGUGCUGCACAUCCGGAGGGCUGCGGACCCACCAGAGCUGGAGUAUCAGGAAGCAGUCAGCAAAGGCACCUUUCAGCACCUGGUGGGCGACCUCGAGCCCUCCACCGCCUACAGCUUCUACAUCAAGGCCUACACCCCCCGGGGGGCCAGCUCAGCCUCCGCCCCGACCCUGGCCAGCACCCUGGGCGAAGCGCCCGCCCCGCCCCCCUUGUCGGUGCGAGUGCUGGGCAGCUCCACCCUGCAGCUGCUGUGGGAGCCCUGGCCCCGGCUGGCCCUGCUUCGGGGCGGUUUCAAGCUGUUCUACCGCCCAGCAAGCAAGGCCUCCUUCACCGGCCCCAUCGUGCUGCCUGGAACUGUCUCCUCCUACAACCUCAGCCAGCUCGACCCCACUGCAGUGUACGAGGUGAAGCUGCUCGCCUACAACCAGCAUGGGGAUGGCAACGCCACAGUCCGCUUUGUGUCUUUGAGGGGAGCAUCUGAGAGGACAGCGCUGAGCCCACCGUGUGACUGCCGGAAGGAGGAGGCCACCAGCCAGAUGUCCACCACAGGCAUCGUCAUCGGCAUCCACAUCGGGGUCACCUGCAUCAUCUUCUGUGUCCUCUUCCUCCUGUUCGGCCAAAGGGGCAGGGUCCUCUUGUGUAAGGAUGUAGAGAACCAGCUGUCGCCUCCUCAGGGCCCCCGGAGCCAGAGGGACCCUGGUGUCCUGGCACUGAAUGGGGCCAGACUGGGAGAUCGGGACCAACUGGGCCGAGACGGGAAACGUUCGGACAUGAAGGAACUGGAGCAGCUGUUCCCCCCGGCGGGGGCAGUGGGCCAGCCAGACCGCGGCCCCGGCCUCAGCCCCAGCCCCAGCCCCAGCCCCACGCAGGACGCUGCGGCCCCUGCCCUGUGUGAGGAGACCCCGCUCUCCAUGCUGCCACUUCAGGGGUUCGGCCUUCGGGAGGAGAGGACGUCGGAGGCCAAGGCUCCCUGCGCAGGCCUCACCGCUGCCCCCCCACCGCAGGACGCAGGCUCCGGCCUCCUCAGUGAAGGACACGCUGCCCGGCCUUCCUCAGCACCAGCUGCCCAGCCAGCUCUCUCGGGACAGUAG